AUGCGAGACGUGUCGCUGACGACACUUUGCGUCGACUCAGCCGUGCCCUCGCCCGCCGAUGGAGGACGACCUGGAGCCAUCAGCACUUCCUCCUCCUCGCCCGCCUAUAGCGACCCGAACGUAAGUCCGCCACCCGAGCCGCUGCUCGUUGCGCCGCCGACCGCACAUCCACCCACGACAGGAGGAGCGUCACACGACCCUAGCCUGACGAGAGGGAGGGCCUUGAGUGCGACGAGCCCUCGCAAUGCCUCGCCGCGCGCUGUCACACCGGCCUCUGGCCACUCGCGACCUAAGCAGAGCGUCGACAUAGAGAGGAAACCGAGCCUGUCCUACGGCCAUCACAGGCAGAUGUCGAUCGUCCAUGGAGUCCAGCAUUCGCGCAAUCCGAGCCUGGCGGGGUCGACGAAUACCAGCCCGCUGAGCCCUGGAAAGAUUAUGGCUUCUGCGGUGCCGGAGACUGUUGUCCUCAAGAAGAGCCCUUCGAUGGGCACACUUCAUGCGAACGGCGUACCGAAUCCUGCCGCCAUCUCGGCGAAUCGAAGUUUUGAGAAUGGAGUUGUGCAGAGGGGUCCAGCGCGCAUGCACAGUGGGAGAGUGAAGAGGAGUCAUGAACAUCAACGGUCACAGUCAAGAGCGCAACCACCGGGGCAAGAGCUGAAGACAGUGGGAGAAUAUGCCCUACACCAUCUAUUUACAUCGUUCAUCGCGGAAGCGGACGAGAGGAUUGAGCGGUGCAUGCAGAAACCUGGCGAGCCAGAACCAAGGAUAGAACACAUUUGCGGUCCUGGAGCCGAUCCUGCCUUUGAUCAGCUCAUCUCGUCCCUAGGGCACAUCAAUCGACACAAGCCUAACAGUUUGAUCGAUUCUGUGAUCCAUUGGCGGAAGAAGAAGGCGGAUACGGCCAACAACAUGUACACCGAACUCAAGGCCAUGAGGGAUGCGCUCGGCGUGACGCAGCGAAGCAUUACGAAUGGGGCAUAUUCAACCCCUACCUCGCCACCUGCUGGGAACGAGAUUGCUCUGAUGGAGCAGCAGGUUGUCAUGGCCGAUCGCAGGUCGACUGUUUCAAUCUACAUACUCUGCCGGGUGUUGAUUGAAAUCAUUGGGCAAACGACCUUGAAAGCGCUGAAUGGACCGGAAAACAGCUUCAACACCGCAGGGCGAUUGGAAGAUGUCAUUUACGGACAGUUGCAGAGCGCGGACCCCGAGUUGCUUGCAUCGUCGCCUGUCAUCAAUGCCAACUGGGUCAUAAGAGGACAGCUCCUUGGUGUUAUGAGCGGUAUUCGAUUUGAGGAAGUCGCUGAGAGGUUCAUCAAGGAUCUUGAGGUCGCGCAGAGAAAGCUGGCUGUGAAAGGCGUAGCAGACACCAAGCUGGCAUCGAGGACGGCACUUCUUGUCCAGAGCAUGCGAUGGCUCAAAGUGCGAUCGUACCCUGACCAAGCCUGGGAGAAGUCGUGCGAGAUGCUCCAGCUGCUGGCAAGAUUCUUCUCUGAAGUCCAUGGACGAACGAUGAAACACGCAUACGCUGAGCUAUUCGAGAGUCUGCUUUUACCAAUCGCGGCGCACGCAACGUCAGCCCUCAACAUGCCCAAAUGGCGGGACGUGGUUGCUAUCCUUCAGCCAAGGAUCACCCAGAUGCUUUCGAAAGCGGACCACUGGCCCUAUGUGUAUCCUUUGCAGGCGGUCCUGCUUUGUGCUUCACCACUCGAGACCUUUGCGACCCAGUGGCUGCCACUUGUGACGUCCUUCCAGCCAAAGGCCAGAGAUAGGGCCGGCCGAUCUCACGCUCUCAAAGCCAUCUGCCGACUGGUUUGGCGGUACUUGUACCGACAUACUGAGUCGCAGAAUGCGGUGGUGAGGAAGCUCGAUGAGAUUGUCAAGCUCGUCUUUCAAGGCGGAAAGCGAGUCCUCAUCUCGACCGAUCCCAUGAUUGCAGACCCUCUUAUCCAGCUCAUUCGCAUCAUUGGGUAUAAGCAUCAAGACUUCUGCUUCCGGAACAUCAUUUUCCCCUUGAUGAACUCGGAGCUGUUCUCAGGCCCUGAGAAGGACCUCAAGAUUGAGAACCUCGAUCCAGAAAAGACGGUCAUCGCCAUUCGAGCAUUCCUUGCCAUCAUGUCUGAUCUGGAGAAGACCGAACCACCAGCAUUUCCAAUCCGCUUCGAAUGUGAUUCUCUCAUGGACGUUGCCUCGCGAUCACCUAUCACCCACCGCAGGACCCGCUCUCAAGGCUUCGCUGUGUCUGCAGGACGGACAGAGCGUCUAUCACGACCCGUAAUGACAACGAACCUUAACGACGUUGCAAAAGAGUAUUAUGUCAAAUUCUGCAAGAUGCUUGGACAGUUGACUAUCAUUUGUGACAACACCUUUGGCGGCCAGGCCGUCUUGGACGAGAAGUUUGCAUCGCAUACGCCGAAGACGCCCAUGGCAGAGGCGUUCACGUUCAACAAGAGAGACGAACUAAUGAACCCCACCGACCUACGGCAACACUAUUACGACCUCUUGCAUGUGGCUGUCGAAGCGUUGCCGCGUUGCCUUUCACCGCAUCUACCUAUCAACUCGCUUGUCAACCUCCUCUGUACGGGGACAGCUCAUGUGCAGUCACAUAUUGCCACCUCCUCGGCGCAGUCGUUGAAGUCGAUUGCGAGACAGUCACACGCCCAGCAGGUGACGAUUGGAUUCGCUCGCUUCAUCUUCAACUUCGACGAUCGCUAUGCGACGGUCUCGGAUGGCAGCUUGCUCGGGCCUGGUCACAUCGAAAACACGCUAAAGCUCUACGUUGAAUUGCUGCAAAUCUGGAUUGACGACAUCCAGCAGAGAACUCGAAAGGUUGCCGCGGAUCCAGUCGAUGAAGAAGAGCAAGGGGCUCGGCAACUCCCUCUCGAUCUUUCCGGCAUCCUCGCGCACGUUGAUGAAGUCGAGUCGCAUGGGUUGUUCUUCCUCUGCUCGCCCUCUAGGGCAGUGCGUGCAGUGGCAGUCAAUGUUCUGCGGCUCAUUACCAAGUUUGAUACUGCGCUUGGGAAACCAUGCACACGGAUCAUCAGCAUUCUCGAGGGCGGGUCGCAGCAAGUCAUUGAUGUCAAUGACGAGCGAUUGACUCUUGCGGAGCGUAGUCGACUCCAGAAAGGUCUACGGAAAAGCAAUGUCAACAGCACUCUAGUCGAGUUGUGCAGCAGCGAUGUCGCUCACGACGCCAAUCUUUGGUUCAAGGUCUUCCCGAACCUGGUUCGCUUGAGUUCAGAGAUCUGCCUCCACGCAGUCGCACUGACAAGAGAACUGGUCUGCCAACGGCUUUCUCACAGCUACAGAGCUAUUGGUGCUCUAGCAGAGACUGGCAAGCAAUCGUCCAAUGCUCUCGAAACCACCUUGAACCCGAGCAGGCCAUCAACACGGCUCAAUGGCUCGUCGCCAGAGAUUAUCAUCGAGCAGUGGAAGAUUCACUUGAUCUUUGCCUGCACCACGCUCACCAAUAUUGGCGGAGCUCCUUCGAGCAGUAGUCUUACUGUCACGAGUCAAGCGUCUUUGCACACGCGGAAGAGUUCGAAGUCGUCUGCAAAUAGCCAAGAGAAGAUCGCGUCUGCUUCUGAGCUCUUCUCGAGGGUGGUUCCGUUCCUCCAUGCCGGAAACGGUGCUGUGCGGAACGCUGCAGUGGUUGGGUUGGGAGCCACCAAUGCGACCCUGUUCCAGACUCUGCUCGAGACGCUACAGCCAUUCGUUACGAUGUGCAAUGCAGAGGCAAAGAGUUAUUUGGCCUCGCACCAGCGGAAUCCGAGCAACAAAGUCGUUCGCAAUGAACGUAUCGACAUCAUGCGGACAGAGAUCACGCAUCUGCUCAGCCUUACAUGCCCGCUACUGCAGGAUGAGAGGAUCUCAAGCGACACGUUCGUGAUGGAGUACAUGACCGACUAUACCAAGCAUUUGCGGAUCUUCCUGAGCGACACCGAGAUCCAGGGUAAUUUGGCUUUCCAAAAGUUGCGGACUCACUUCUGUGUUCUCAUAGAUGGCUUCUACGACUGUAUAAAGAAGCUGAAAGAAGGGUCUCAAUGGAUGUCGUUUCAAUCCAGACAAGCGACAUUCGCGCUCAUGGAGAAUUGGUGUGGUUUCUCGCCGAACGAACCGCAGAUACGACGGCAACAGGACCACAUCCGUCGGUCGAUCCUGGAUCGAGAAGGAGACAUGCGUAACAGAGGUAUCAUCAACUCUGCCAUCGAAAAGGAGAAGAACGAGUUGCAGUUCGCUGCCCUCAGUGCGAUGGCAUCUCUCUGUGCUGGACCUCUGCGAUUCAUCGCUGAUGGCAAGACGCUCAUGCAGUUCAACGUGCAACGAAUGUUCAGCUGGAUCAGUGCCAUCUUCGAAGCCGCCAGCGACCGCACCCAUGCAAUCGGACGAAAGGCGUUGCAAAACCUCAUCACACAUAAUGUCGAUCAGUCGUAUCUCAUGGCUCCGACGAUGAAGAUGUGCUAUCUGUCUCGCAACCCCAAGGCACUCGGGAGCUACUUUGAGGUGGUCACCAAGGUCCUUACAGACAAUACAAGCGUCACGACCCCUUUCUGGAAGAUCUUGUGUGCUGGGCUGUACACGCUUGGCAAUGAAGAUGCUCAAAUACGAAUGAAGUCGGCAAGCUUGCUACGAACACUCGAAGAGCGCCUGGGGAAGACGUCGAAACUCCAGGACCUCGACAUCAGUGUUUCUGACAAGACUACUGCGGUGUAUAAGCUCGCGCAGUUUGAGAUCUCACGCAGACUCGCUAGCCAGCACUCAGAACUCGCUUUUCAUGUGUUCUCCGAGUUCUCUAUGUACUUCAAUGAGCUGGAGCCUGAUCACCAGCGCAACAUGGUCUCAGGUAUGCUACCGUGGAUUCAGACAAUUGAGCUUCAACUUGAUCCUAAUGGAGGACCAACCGCGACGUCGUACAUGCUGCUGGUCAACCUGUUUGAGAUCACUGUCAAGAGCAGCAUCACGCUACACAACGAGAUCCAGGCGCUCUGGCAGGCACUGGCUACUGGCCCUUACGCGGGGAAUGUGCAGCUGGUCCUCGACUUCAUCAUCAGGACUUGCCUGGAGAAGAAAGAGCAGAACUUUGUCAUCUUCGCGAAGCAGAUUGUGGUCUUCUUGUCCAAGACGCCGGCAGGUGCUCGCGUUGUGGAGUAUCUCCUCAUGCACAUUUGCCCCAAGACGAUGGUCGCAGAGCGUCGCGAGGCGUCACCGCCUCCUUUGGGACUGGUUGAACUACCAUAUAUUGCGGAUCUGACGAACGUGUUACCCAGUGGUGCCAAGCAGAAUGGUCUCUCGCUCGGUCAACUCAGUAUGAUCUUGCUGGUUGAUUUGGUCGUCUCUCCAUUCCAGCUUCCUCCGGAAAAGCUGCCAGUGCUGCUGCAGGUGAUCCUUGUACAGUGGGACCAGUACGUGAGCAUCGUCCAAGACCAGGCACGAGAGAUGCUUGUCCAUUUGAUCCACGAACUUGUCAUCUCGAAGAUCGAUCCUGGCAGCACGGAGCCAGACAAAAAGUCCAUUGAAGACUUCAUCGAAUGUGUUCGACGACAUGAUCCCAAGAUUGCGUGGUCGUACACCGAUAGCGAGGUUCGUGCUGGCGAGGAGGACAGUCGUGCUGUUUCUGAGCCUAUGGGUUAUGCUGUCGACGAAGUCGUCCGCAUCUUCUCCACAACGUACCCUGGCAUUCGCGAAGAAUGGGGCAAAGUCACUAUGGAAUGGGCGACUUCUUGUGCGGUCAGGCAUGUUGCUUGCCGAAGUUUUCAGGUCUUCCGCUGCGUAUCGACAACUCUCGAUACCAAGAUGUUGGCGGAUAUGCUGGCCCGUCUGUCAAAUACGAUUGCAGACGACGAGAACCACGACUAUCUCAUCUUCUCAUUGGAGAUUCUGACGACCUUGCGAACCAUCAUCGAUGCGUUGGACCCCUUGGCUCUCCUUCAGUACCCACAAAUGUUCUGGACUACGUGCGCCUGCCUUGAUACCAUCUUCGAGAGAGAAUUCCAAGAAGGUCUCAGCAUGCUGAACCUGCUUCUCGCUAAGAUGGACUUGAGUGAUCCCGCAGUACUCAAGAUCCUCAGAGACACUUUUCCUGCCAAGUGGGAAGGUGGCUAUCUCGGAGUUCAUGCACUCAUCUACAAGGGUGUUCGCUCGAGCAAGUCCAUGGAUCGGUCUUUGCAGAUCAUGGAGAGGCUUAUCAAGCUGCCAUCGAGCGACAUUGUUGGAAGCGACGAUCGAUUGCUGUUCACUGUGCUUGCCAACCUACCGAGAUACUUGCACUAUUUCGACGAUGAUGGCGACCCGUCAUGUCUCGAGUCAGCGGAGACGCUCGCCUUUGCUGCCGAGAGUCAAAACCACGUCAGUCUCUCGCGUGUCCUCCAAAACCUUGCACAAGGAAGGUACCGGAUCGAGAAAGACUUCCUCGCGCAGUGCAUGACAGCCAUACGUACAACGUUCUUCCCAGCGCAAGAAUUUCAGAGCUUGGUGUUCUUGCUUGGCAUGGUGAACAACCAGAUCGCGUGGUUCAAAGUCAAGACGAUGCAGGUGCUCUGUGUCAUGAUCCCAGACAUCGACAUGAGAAAGCCUGAGGUCGCAUGCCAAGGACCGGACCUCAUCUCGCCGUUGCUGAGGCUUCUUCAGACGAAACAUUGCCAACAAGCACUCGAUGUUCUUGACAAUGUCAUUGACAUGACUGGCACGCCGUUGGACAACAAGCAUCUGCGCAUGAGCAUGGCUGGCUCUCAUUCAAGUCGUGCAACGCGCAAGGAGUACGACACCACGAAGAGUCUGUACGGCAUACCUGAGGAGUCUGGCUGGUCUAUCCCAAUGCCUGCAAUUCAUUCACUCCAGACAAGAACAAAUGUGCAUGCGGUCUUCUACACUCUGGCAUAUGGUGGCAUGAACGGCGUCCGGGACACGGCAAGUUCAACUCCUGAGAUCGAGUUCCACAAAGACGACUACCAAGACUCAUACUUCAGCGAGCGCACUGCUACGAUGCUGUCGGAUGACACAAGAGUGGCAGAUAGCAGCAACAUGGGCGAACUUGCUGAGAAGCUCGAUACCCUCGACGACUUCUUCGAUGAGCCCGGCGAGUCACCAUCUGGAUUCAUGCACAACGGCAUCACGAGAUAUCAUCCAGUGGAGGAGCGAGAGAAUCUCUACGAUCAACAGGCAUUACCGAUCCUUCAUCGGUCUCUCAAGCGCAAUGCCAGCAUCACGUCGUUCCAGACUGGUUUCGCCGAGCUGCGAUAUCAACCACCUCGUGAGCAGCCAAUGAAUCCAGGUGCCUUCGCUCAGACAGUAUUGCCCCCAACAAGACCAGGCAUGCACAAUCGAUCCAUCACGUCUCCAGUCAUGAGCAUGAAGAACCCAUCAAGAAGGCACAACGACCUACCUUCUGGCGAUGACACCGAAACGGAGCCCUUCUCAGACGGCGACGACGAUAUGCCAAUGAGUCGGGCGCACACCACAGAAGAACACCAUCACCAGCCGCAAUACACCAUCAAACCGAGCGGCGGUUUUAAAGCCCUGAAAUCGGGAAUCCGCAGGCUGACGAGCAGCAGCGGGAACAAAGAAGCCAGAGACGCCUUGCGAGCACAAGCAGCCGCCAGCAAAAGCCCCAAGGUCCCAAAAAUGCCCACGACAUAUCUCAGAGAGGCAGGGCCGUUUAGCGCCGAGCCGUGA